AGGGCAGAAGCUCUCGAUCCCCUGUGCAUGCUCUAUGAUUAUUCCACUAUAUGAAUCUUGCACAUAGCGCAAUGCAGGGGUCCAGUGAUGUAUACAAGUGGAUGCAACCACCGAGUCCUUGGUUCAUCGGCAUAAAUGGCAUUGUCAAUUUCGAUUUUCUCUCAUUUGGUCUCUGGCGCUGUCCCCAGAGACAUGUAUCUUUGCUCACUAUUUUCAGCUGAUCUGGGUGUAAGGAGGAAGAAUUUAGGGUAUGGUGUCUUUCCAGAUAGUGAACCAGUCCUAUCUAAUGGUUGCAGUAG